AACAUCGCGACUCCGUAUCACCCUCAGACCAGCGGUCAAGCAGAAAUAUCUAACAAGCAAAUCAAGAAUAUUCUGCAGAAUACCGUGAAUGAGAUGGGGAGGGGAUGGAAGCUGAAAUUACCGGAUGCACUGUGGGCAUACCGUACAGCAUAUAAGACACCCAUUGGAAUGUCACCCUAUCAGCUUGUCUACGGGAAAACUUGCCACUUACCCAUACAGCUGGAGCACAGAGCGCAUUGGGCUCUCCGGAAGUGGAAUAUGGAUCUUAAAAUAGCCGGAGAAUACUGGAAGCAUCAAAUCUCGGAAUUGGAAGAAUGGAGAGACAAAGCUUAUCAUAGUGCCUCGAUUUACAAAAAACAAACCAAGAGAUGGCAUGAUAAGCGAUUGAAGCUUAAGAACUUCAAUCCCGGAGACAAGGUAUUGCUCUUUAAUUCCAGGGUCAAGUUAUUUGGUCAUGGGAAACUACGAAGCAAAUGGCAAGGACCGUAUCACAUCAUCGACACAUCACCACAUGGAGCCAUCACGAUACAAGAUGACAAUGGUAACGCCUAUAAGGUAAACGGUCAACGA